UUUUAUAAUAAUUGAACAAAAUGACCAAACAAGAGCAAGAAUGCAUGAUCCAUCUUGACAAAAUAGUUGAUCCAUAUACUCUUUCAUGAGCUCAUACUUUUUGUACCAAAUGUAUCCAAGAUUUCUGAAAAAUUCAGCUCCAGAACAAGAACUCUCCUCUUUGUCCUCUGUGCAUGUCAAGAAUCGAAGGGCCUUGGCUUCAGAACAUUCUUCGUCAAGAGGUUCAGCCUGACGACAUUGAGCAUCGGCUUGAUUUGGCUGGGCCAGUCAGACCUACAGCUGAUGACUACACUAAGCCUCAUGCGCCAGUGAAAGUUCCUGAGGAACGCAAGGUCUACAAAUACUUCUGAACGAACUGACUUAAAGGCGAAGGGCAAAUAAUCGAUAACCCGACCAAAGCCGUCUGUACUUGUGGCUAUGAGUUCUGAAUCGACUGAUUUCAUGAAUGGGGCAAUUCAAAUAGACAUAUUUGACGUAAAGAAGAGAAGGCUCAAUGUCCAAAAUGAUACACUUGGAAUGAAUUUGAUAAAACUAAAACAGGAGUAACAUGUAUUGUAUGAGACAAGAAAUUCUGAAGGUUUUGUAAAGCAAAUUACUGGUCCUCACACCCUCGGAACCCAUUCUUUGCUUGAGGAACAUUUUACUCCAAAGCUACUGAUUGCUACAUUAUUCUAGCAAUCUUCGUGCUCAUUUUUGACAUCCUUCUAUGGCCUUCUCUAGUCCUUAUAGCUCCUUUCAGAGGGUCAGGAGGAGAAGACAACACUAAAAAGCCUUGUAAAUGAUGCUCUCCUACAACAUUCCUAAUCUUCUCCUGCUUAUGAGUUUGGCUCCUCGUCUUCAUCGGCCUUAACAUUUCCUUCGCCCUCCUAUUCCUCUACCCAUGCCUCGCUUACCGAAGGUACAACCUGCUCUCCUCCAGGGCCGAAGCCAGGACCCAAUCCAGAGCUCAGACCAGAGACACCUUCACUAAUCCUUCCUAACCGCCUUAAAGCAGACCUCAAGAAGAGCAAAAUCCCAGUCAAAUACAUCUAAAAUUACUAAAAAAUUC